AUGGAUAAUCGGUCUUCAGAGAAGUCUACUUCGCCACAUUAUGAUAUUGUAAUUAUUGGGGCUGGUCCUGUAGGGCUCAUGCUUUCGACGUGCCUCGCGAGAUGGGGUUAUAAAAUCAAACACAUUGACAAUCGAGCCGAGCCUACACCUACGGGGCGCGCAGAUGGCAUCCAGCCUCGGUCCCUAGACCUCCUUCGCAAUAUGGGCCUAAAAUCUGCCAUCAUGGCUCAUAAGCCCGCGCGUGUUUUUGAAGUAGCCUUUUGGGACCCACCCAAAAACGGCAAAGGCAUCGUUAGAACAGGUACUUGGGCUAGCUGUCCUAGUUUUAUUGAUGCGAGAUAUCCUUUCACCACACUGGUACAUCAGGGUCGAAUAGAACGUGUAUUCAUCUCAGAUCUAGAAAAGAACGGCGUUCAGGUCCAACGGCCAUGGACUAUUAAGGGGUUUAAGUCGGAUGACAAAGUAGAUCCGGAGUAUCCCGUUGAAGUACAUUUGGAACAUGUCGACGGACAUCAACGAGAAUCGGUUCGAGCUAAAUACUUGUUUAGCGGCGAAGGCGCUAGAUCAUUUGUCAGAGACCAGUUGGGAAUCAAGAUCACACAUAAGGAUCCUAUUACGCAUGUUUGGGGUGUUAUUGAUGGCGUUGUUAAGACUGAUUUCCCAGACAUCAAGAUGAAAUGUACUAUACACUCCGGACAUGGCUCGAUAAUGGUCAUUCCUCGCGAAGACAACAUGGUCCGGCUAUAUAUACAGAUCGCAUCAUCUACGGAUGCAGACUGGAGCCCGCGUAGGACAGCCACUGCGGAACAAGUUCAGGCCUCCGCGAAGAAGAUUCUCCACCCAUACCUCAUCGAAUGGGAACGUGUGGAAUGGUACUCAGUAUAUCCUAUCGGACAAGGCAUUUCAGAUAAAUACACAAUUGAUCACCGUGUGUUCCUAGGCGGCCGAUGCUUAAACCCUGCUAUCAUUGACAACAAAUAUGCUAAACUAUUCUCGCAACGACCGCCUGCUGCAAAAGAGGUACAGGCCGCCUCAGAGCAGACAAGUGAACAGGCCGAAGAUAAUGCCUUUGUCAAGACCUUCAAGGAAUCUUGCGAAUUUACUAGUGGAUAUGGUGUAGCCUACAAGCCCAAUGCGCUAAACUGGUCUCCAGCUCACAUAGCCAAGUCCUCUUUAAUUAAUCCUCGAGGAAGCAAACUACGAACAGGUCGAAUUAUGAUCAACGCUGACGUCACGAGGGUCGUCGACGCAAAUGUUGUACAUUUAGAACAAGAAGUUCCUCUCAACGGUGCGUUCCGUAUCUAUAUUUUCGCCGGGGAGCCUGCAGUAACCUCCAGGGCACUGGAGGAUUUUGCCCUUCGCCUCAGCAGCAAGGGGUCCUUUUACAGUUCCUAUCUUCGUCCAGACAUUGACUCGGUCUCACAUCACGAGAAGCACAACCCUCACAGCCUCUUCUUUACUAUAUGUACCGUUUUUGCUGCCCAGCGGAGUCAUAUCGAGAUCACACAGGAUGUACCGAGUCUCCUUGCUCGUUACCGUGAUCACAUAUAUGCCGAUGACAGAUGGGACCGCCGCGUACCCGAUGCAAAAGCUGCCGCCCACGCCAAAAUGGGAUUCGAUGAAGAAAGGGGUGGGGUGGUUGUUGUUCGACCCGAUGGUUACGUGGGUAUCGUAACGAGCUUGGUUGAAGGCUCCGGGACCGUGGACGCAUUAAACGAGUAUUUUGGUGCUUUCUGCACAAAUAAACUGGGUGAGAAGAUGGCCCAGCUAUAA